AAUGUCGCGUCGGAGCACCGCGUCGACGGUUGUUCAAAGUCGGUGCAUUCUGCCGCGUGCAAAUAGCGCGUAAUAAGCGUUUCGCUGUGGGAGUGAGAGUGCAAGUACGUUCUGCGAUAACUCUAUGUGCGUUUGUUCGCGAUAAAUCUUCAAGCGGAGCUUAUCAUCGUGACUGGGUCGUUUCAGUCGUUUGCGGUUCGACAGAACUCCCAUUUUCUCUCGGUCGCCGCCUCGCCCAGUAAAUUACAGACUACAGAAACCAACAUGCCGACCUACAAGCUGACGUACUUUAAUAUAACCGGUCUCGCGGAGCCAAUCAGAUAUAUGUUUCAUUAUGCCGGCAUUAAAUUCGAGGAUGCUCGACUCGAAUCUCAAGAUUGGUCGAAAUGUAAAACAGACAUGCCGCUGGGCCAGGUACCGGUUUUGGAGAUCGACGGCAAGAAGUAUCACCAAUCUAAAGCCAUCGGCCGCUACGUCGCCAAGAAGUGCAAUCUCUAUAGCUCCGACGAAAUCGAGGCCCUCGAGAUCGACGCCACGGUCGACUCACUCGACGACAUGAGACAAGCUAUGAGCGUGUACCACCACGAGAAAGACCCCGCCGUGAAAGAGAAGAUGAAGAAGACCACCUUCGAAAAACUAUCCUUCUUCCUCGACAAGUUGGAGGAGCAGGUGAAGAAAAACGGCGGCCACUUCGUGCGCGGCAAGCUCACCUGGCCGGACGUCAUAUACGCGGCGUACGUCAGACGUAUAAGUGAGUUUACGCAGAAGGAGAUCACCAAGGAUCACCCGGAGCUGAAAAAGCUGGUGGACAAGGUGGACGCUAUUCCCAGCAUCAAAGCCUACCUCGACAAGCGGCCCAAGACGGAGUUUCAUCGCGACAAUUUGCAUUUUCACGUAAUCGUGCGCUUCUUUGCAGAAAACAUGCCGACUUACAAGCUGACGUACUUCAACGUAACCGGCCUCGCGGAGCCGACCAGAUACAUGUUCCAUCACGCCGGCAUCAAAUACGAAGAUGUUCUAUUAACUCUUGACGACUGGCCAAAGUACAAAGAACAAAUGCCGCUGGGCCAGGCACCGGUUCUGGAGAUCGACGGCAAAAAGUACAACCAGUCUAAAGCGAUCGCCCGCUACGUUGCCAAGAAGUGCAAUCUCUACAGCUCCGAUGAUGUCGAGGCGCUCGAGAUCGACGGUGCGGUCGACUCCAUAGAGGAUAUUAGACUACCCUUGGGCCAAUACUACUGGGAGAAGGACCCCGCCUUGAAGGAGAACCUGAAGCAGACUGCGUUCGAAAAAUUGCCCAAUUUUCUCAACAAAUUCGAAGAGCGAGUUAAGAAGAAUGGCGGCCACUUUGUCCAUGGCAAGCUGACGUGGGCGGACAUGAUGUGGGCGGCGUACGCGAACAUGCUGAGUACGUUCGCGGCGAAGGACAUCCACAAGGAUUAUCCGGAACUGAAGAAACUGGUGGACAAAGUGAACGGCCUUCCCAACAUCAAAGCUUACCUCGAGAAGCGUUCCAAGAUGCUGUUUUGAGCCAAAGCGAUCCGCAACUUUUCGUAUCUGCCAUCCUUGAUUUCGAGUUUACUCUCGUAUGAGGCCGUCGACGAAUUUCCGCCGCCACGACGUCCUGUGAGAAAAGACGGCACGCUUUGACCAUGUAAUCCGAAGUAACCUUCGUUCGCAGCGGGACCAGCGCCAACAUCGCUGCAUGAGAAAUGUAAAACGUGUAACUUGAUCGAAUUACAUCGAGUCAAAAUGGCGUUAGAUUA